CAUAAAGACCAUACAGGAAGCCUGGUCUCUUCAGACUGGGGAGCUUUUUCAUCAAGACCUGGAAUUUACUCGUUGCUCUGAGAAGGAUCUGGCUCAUUACUUUUUGAGAAUACAAUUUCUGCACAAACAUUUUUGAUACAGGAAUUGAAGGAGGCACAAGAGCCAUUUCAAAUCAGCAAGAAACCAAAGAACAUGGGGAUCUGCCCCAUCAAAUGUCAAUCAAACCUGACAAUCCUUGAAAAUCCACCUGAACCUGAAUCACCAGUCCCCCAGGAAAGCAUGAUUGUUUCCCUCUAUAACUACCCGUCCUUUGAUCACACUGGAUUGACCUUGUGCAUGGGGGAAAGGCUAACCAUCAUAUCAGACGAUGGUGACUUUAUGAUGGUGAGAUCCUCAACCACAGGCCGUGAGUGCUACAUCCCCACUAACUACACCGCCAAGGUGACACACAGGUGGCUGUUCACAGGCAUCAGCAGGUACAAAGCAGUGGAGCUGCUCCUGCAUCCCAAUAACCAGACUGGAGCCUUCUUGAUCAGAGAGUCAGAGACAAACAGAGAUUGUUACUCGCUGUCCGUCUUGAGGAGAACCAACUCCUCGUACCAAGACAGUGUGAAGCACUACCGCAUCUGUCAGCUCCAAAAUGGCUGGGUCUACAUAUCUUCAGGACUCACCUUCCCCUCCCUGCAUCGCCUGGUGGAACACUAUUCAGAGUUUACAGAUGGAUUGUUCUGUCGGCUGACACUGCCUUGCUUCAUCCAGGGUGACUCUAGAGAGGCCAGGCCUAUACCCACAACUAUCAGGAGGCCUACCAUCAACUGGAAGGACAUUAGCAGGUCUGUGAUCUACAGGAGGAAGAGAACGGAUUCAGAUCACUCUCUGGUGAGCGAGGGGCUGAGGGAGGCCAUCAGCUCUUACCUCCAAAUGACGGGAGGAAACGAUCACAGCUGGGACACUUGAGGAAAGACGGCGGAUCAGUCAGAAAGAAUGAAGUCAGACAGAUAGCAGUCAAAUACUGAACUGUCUCAUUUGCAGUUUGGGCAAGCCAAAGGAAGAGGUCGCCUGUAUGCCCAUAUGCAGCCCUAGUACACCGUCCUUUAGUGGCAGGAGAGCUGAGACACUACAAUGCUUGGAGCGGUGACAUACUAUAUGUCAGCAAGAGGCAGUUUUUGUGCCCACAGAGCCACACAGUGGAUGUGAGAGCUAAAAGUUAAAAGACAGUGAGACAUAUUCUUAUUUAAUCUCAAAGGCUGAAUGUAUCCCUUAAUUUACAACCUAAUUUGUACAUGCUGUUUGAAUGUAAUAUUUUAUGUUAAUAUUACUGUUAUAUGAUUGUUGUCAUGGGUAUGUUAUUGGAAUCCAAUAAAGUGCGUUAGCUAUGUGAUAAAUGAGCAACAUACAAAUAUAACCACCUAAACACAGAAGACUCUGGCCUAUAUUUUCUUAGUAUUACUUGGUAUAAAGUGGUUAUCAUAAUAAACAGUUAAAAUAAAAUGAAUGUG